AUGGGCCUAUUUAGUAAUAUUGAUAACAGUCAACAGGUUAAUGAUGAGUAUGUAAAGAAUAAGUUGAACCAACGUGAUAUAUUUUCGGAGACAUGGUUCAACUCCCACAAUGGAGACAGUUUGGAUGGGAAUCCCUUAGAGACACUUGCUGGGUGGCCAUUUGGAUCGCUAUAUGGUAAUGGAAUUAAUGUAGGUCCAACAAGUAUAACUACCGUCUCCCCAUUCGGGUCCAGAAACGAUAAUGAAUAUAUUCAUGGUGAUCAAAUCAAAGAGGAAGGUGUCACGGGUCUUUACAAUUACAAGACUCCCUCUGAUUCACAGUUUGCACAAUGCAUGGAUUCUCAAGGAUUAUCGGUAUGGGAUACGAAUGGUUGGUGGAGAUGUUUGUUCCCUCAAAACAUUAUCAAACAGAAUCUCCCAAAUUUACAAGAAACAGAAUCCGCUAUGAUUUUAUCGAAGCAAAAAGUUGAAAAUGAUGUUAAUCAUAAGUUUGGUUUAUAUUUUACAGAUUACACAAAGUAUUUACUAUGGAAAUCACAAAUGAACAAAAUCAUCAAUGAUAAACGUGAGAAAGAAAUUGAAAAUCCACAGAAACUUCAAACAAAUAAAUUUACUAACCAGAAAGACGAAAAUGAACCUGCUACCAUGACACCAGAAAGUCUCAUGUUAAGUGACGAUUCUGCCUUAUCUGCAUCCAAAAAGGAUAAAUCGAUUGUCGGCACAUCUGAAGUGCUCAGAUCAAGUAUGUCCAGUGAUGGAUUGACCGAAGAAACUAAAGAAUUGAAAACUUUUUACGAUGAUGGGUCUAUUAUAUUGAAGACAGAAAAGAAAGUGACACCGCAAGAUGGUGGUUCCCCUCGUUUGGAGACUCACGAAAGGGUCCUCAGACAAGGCAGGGACGAGUUAUCAAAAGGGUUCCCCUUCUGGUCACGUAAAAGAUAG